CCGCAGUUCGUGUCCGGGACACAACUGUAAACAACAUGGAUGAGUUUUCAAUGCAUUCCUUGACAAUGAUAACAACGACAUGAGACUUAGAUAAAAGAGUUCCUCCAUUGACGUUGCUGAGUGAGAUACGAUGCCCGCUAGUGUAACGACCCCGGGGCCGGCAGGUCUAGACAGCCAGUCUACCGCCACACUGCUGGAGAUAAUCUCCAAGCUACGACAGGAACUGCUGCAGAGCCGAUCUGAGACACAGAAAGCCACAGACAGUCUCAAUUGUCUCAUUUCACUUGUGAAACGUGCAUGGCAAGGGGAGACAACUGCUACAUUACAUCUGGCUAAUAUUGUAGGGGCUCCGGUGCAAGAUGCGGGAGAGGUGGCCAGGUUUGGACAACUCAACCCAGCUAGUGGGAAGACACGAGCUGUAACCCACUGGGAGCGGAUGGCCAUGAAGCUACUGCAGCGAGAGUACGAGGCCGUGCAGGACGAGAUCCGCCACCGCCAGAUGGCGUACCUGGAAAACCGUAACAAGUACAUGACAGAAGUGAUGGACAGCCACCAGCACGACAUGGCGCACUACAACCUGCUGCUCCAGAAGCGCGCCCAGAGUGCACAGGGGCCGGUGCAGGACAUCGACAAGCGCUUCCUCAGGACAUUCACCAAGACUGGAUUAAAUGGGAAGCGACCUCCGAGUGGAAGCCGCAAUGUCAGGUCUAAGUCAGCAGGUGUCCAGCCAUCCAAGCCCAAGGCUCAGGACAUUGUAGAGCGAGCCGACAUGACACUGAGAGAGCUGGUUGUGCAACCAAAUUCGGACAUGACCACAAACUCCAACACCAGCAAUGCUAUAUCACGCCUGUAUGACGCUGAUCCUGACAGACAGACCGUGGAUGACCGGUACCUCUCCACCUAUGACGACCCACAAAGAUACACGCAGAGCAAUCUGUUUGACCUGAAUGCUGUGUUUGGACCAGACUCCAUGAACCGGAAAGCCCGACCUGUGAGUGCUGCCUUCCAGAGAGAGAGGGACACACGUCGGUCUCGGCCCCUCAGUGCCUGCACUACCAAUGGGGACACUUUCAUCACCCAGAGGUUUGAGCGACCACUGAAGUAUGAGACAACUCGACCCGUGUCCUCCAGAGACAACAGCAGCAAGCUGAGACAGAGGCGACACAGCGGCACAGACAAACAGCGCGUCCACAGCGCCACCAUCAGACAACAGCGCAGAGACCAAGGCCAGAGAAGGUUUUCUUUCAGCGAAGCAGAAUCAGUAGCGCGAGCUAAGAGUGAGGAUCCAACACCAGCACAAGAGCCUCAGACGGCACCAGAAGCAGAGGUGAGGACUCGUAAGCAGCCCUCGGCAGAGCAGUUGGCGGCGCGAGCUCGAGCGGCAGAGCUGCAGCAGCGGAUUGAUGCCGCGACGAAGCCUCCGCCAUGUGUAGAGCAAUUCGACCAGGAGUUGCAGGAGAUGAGCUCCCUGGAGAGACAGUUCCGCCAGUCCACACUGCAGCUGCAGAAAAAGCUGGGAAUUGAUGACAGGGGGCUGCUGUGGUGAGGGGCGAAUGCAGGAGUACACCGUUGGCCUGUGGUGAGAAUGAUUAUCCUGUGAGGAGGUACGGGGCAUCAGUGAGAGGAAGAUGUAUGGGGAGACGACAGUCUACUGCAUCAGUAGUUAGUGAACACCCUCUCCACAUCCUGCUUAAUAGUAAGUUAUGACAUUCUGUAAAUACAACUUGUUAGACAUAAUUCAUCGACUUUUUAUAUGAAAGUGUUUCUUGAACAGGCCUAUUUCUUUCACUUCAAAAUCUGAAUUUCAAAUUUGUAUUUUUCAUGCUCCUUUGUCUCAAAUAUCAGCUGUGUCCUGAAACAGUAGGACAGAGAUUGUUAGAGAUGAAUUGUGAAAUAAGCUGUACCAUUGUUUGAACAAGGAAAUAGGGGAUGCUUAUGUCAUGUAUGUUAGAACCCUUGUGUCUGUAUUGAGCUGCUCUGUUAGCUCCCUCUUCCGUCCUGAUGGUGUCUAGGCGGUGUCUAGCGAUACCCUAGUGGUGUCUAGCGAUACCCUAGUGGUGGCUAAUGAUACCCCAGUGGUGUCUAGCUAUACCCCCUAG